UAUAAUGGAUAAGAAUAUGUAAAUGAUAUGGGAGAUCAGGCUAAUUCUCACAAUUUUUGGAAUAAGAGCUGACUUGUGUUCUCUCAAAGUCCUCUGGGUUUAUAGGAGUUAACUUAUUAAUCGUUCGACUAUCUUCCUUAGCAAUGAAUGAGAGCUUCCUGCCAUUUUAUACUUUAUUUCAAAAUUAGAGAAAAUACAUAACAAAGAACAUAAGUAAACAAUUCAUUGAGGGUUUAUUCCUUUUAAAUUUCUUCUUUCUAAUCCUUAAAGAUCAAUUUAGAGGCCAAAUUUGGCUCUAUCAUUGCCAAAAUAUGUACAUUUAAGGCAUCUUCGAUAAUAUAGCUAGUAUUUUUAGUGAUCUUAUAAUUAAACAAGCUCUGACUUGGUACAGGGACGCGUACAAGCCGCUAAAGAUGAAAUCUAUAACUCAACUCAAUGAGGAGCAGAAAGCCUAUCUAAGAGACGAUGUUUGCCCAAUCUGUGUUGAUAAGCUCCAAGAUGGGCCUUGUAGGAGAUUACAGGACGAACUAGACUUCCAACAACCAGAGAGUCAUUCAAAAGAGGAGUCUAAGAUGGAAAUUCAGAAUGAGAAUGAUGCUAAUUUUCUGAACCUUCAGGGUAUCCAUAAAUCCACCCCUCUUGCAUGUUGAGAUCAGAAAGAAAAGAACCCAAAUGUAAUCACAACGUGUGGGCACAAGUUUCAUAAAAUAUGUAUUCUUGGAUGGCUCAAUUCUAAAAGAAGAUGAAACACAUGACCCAUCUGAAGAGCAGUUAUAUGAAAAGUGGGGCAAGAAUUAGAAUUAUAUGAUUCCUUCGAAGAUUCAGAAAUACGAUAUAGCUCUUCUAAUGACUCCUUCUUUGAAGAUGAAUUUGCCUCAGAAAAUUAUCCGAUUGCUCCAGGAUACUCUGAGUUGCCUUGGAUUCAUGAUAGACCACCUCCAAACCGGGAUGCUUACCAUAUUGGGCUCUUACAUUCCAACUUUAGAGAUACUGUGUCUAUAAGCGACUUAGGAAUCUCUCUUUCUGAGGACUCUUUUGAAAUGGAUUCAGGAGAUUCAGAUUCUUAAAAGAGCGUGGGAUAAAGAUAAGACCUAAUUGUUUAAAAGA